UUGAUAGUGUGGCAUGAUUCUUCUCAAUUGACUCCAAUUUUUUUAUCAUUAACAGGUACCAAGAAAUACAUACCCAUGGCUGAUGUUAAUUUUACAUUGGUUACAGAGUUUAUCCUUUUGGGACUGACAGAUCGUGCUGAACUGAAAGUUGUCCUCUUUGUGCUUUUCCUGCUGAUCUAUACCAUUUCUUUGGUGGGGAAUCUAGGAAUGGUCUUUCUAAUCCAAAUAACUCCCAAACUCCAAACACCCAUGUAUCAUUUCCUUAGCUGCCUGUCAUUUGUGGAUGCCUGCUAUUCAUCAGUCUUUGCACCAAAAAUGCUGCUGAACUUCUUUGUUGAACGGGAGACAAUCUCAUUCUCUGCAUGCAUUGUGCAGUAUUUUUUAUUUGUGUCACUCCUUACCACUGAGGGCUUCUUGCUUGCGGCAAUGGCUUAUGACCGCUACAUGGCCAUUGUGAACCCUUUAUUUUACACAGUGGCUAUGACUAAAAUAGUUUGCAUCGGCCUGGUCUUUGGGUCAUGUGUAGGAGGCUUAAUCAACUCAUUGACACACACAAUUGGUUUGGUGAAAUUGUCUUUCUGUGGGCCAAAUAUCAUCAGUCACUUCUUCUGUGACCUUCCCCCACUAUUGAAGUUGUCAUGUUCUGACACAUCCAUGAAUGAACUGUUGCUUUUAAUCUUCUCUGGAAUUAUUGCUAUGAUCACUUUCUUGAUUGUGAUGAUCUCCUAUGUCUUCAUUGUUGCUGCUAUCCUGAGGAUCCGCUCAGCAGCAGGUAGACACAAAGCCUUCUCCACCUGUGCUUCACAUUUAACGGCUGUGACUUUAUUCUAUGGCUCUAUAAGCUUUAGUUACAUUCAACCAAGCUCUCAAUAUUCCUUAGAACAAGAAAAGGUGGUAUCUGUGUUUUAUACCCUGGUGAUUCCUAUGUUAAACCCAAUGAUUUACAGCCUGAGAAACAAGGAAGUAAAAGAUGCUGUAAAAAGAGCUACCGAAAUAAAAUAUUGUCCUUGUUAA